GCGUCACACACUUGGUACGUAAACACAGCAACAGGAAGCGGCUCUGUGGGAUUGAGUCCUAGCAGAUAGUAUGGUGAGGUGACAUGUCAUCUUAAUAAAACCAUUUGCAGGGCAGCGUGCCGUAAUCAGCCAGUAAACAAGCAUCGGUGCAAUGACAGAGUGCUUCCUGCCACCCAAUAGCAGCCCUGCAGAGCAGCGGCGAGGGGCGGAGCAUCAGAGUGGCGUGCCUCGGACCCCAAGUUCAGAGGAAAUCAGCCCCACGAAGUUCCCUGGGCUGUACCGCACGGGAGAACCAUCACCUCCGCAUGACGGACACCACCAUGAGCCCCCUGAUGCUGCCUCUGAUGAUGACAAAGAGCACAGCAAGAAAAAGAACAAGUUCAAGAAAAAGGAGAAACGCACUGAGGGGUACGCUGCUUUCCAGGAGGACAGCUCGGCUGACGAGGCCGAGAGCCCCUCCAAAAUGAAGCGCUCCAAAGGCAUCCACGUGUUCAAGAAGCCCAGCUUCUCCAAGAAGAAGGAGAAGGACUUUAAAGUGAAGGAAAAAGGCCCCAAAGAGGAGAAGGCCAAGGACAAGAAGUCUAAGGACUUGACCGCAGCCGACGUGGUCAAGCAGUGGAAGGAGAAAAAGAAGAAGAAAAAGCCAAGCACUGCAGAACCUGAGCCUGUCGCUGUGGAGACCCCGGCCACGGUCAGACCCAUUUUCGGUGCGCCGUUAGCUGAAGCGGUGAGGAGAACAGCGCUCUACGAUGGAAUCCAGCUGCCUGCCGUUUUCCGCGAGUGCAUUGACUACAUCGAGAGCUAUGGCAUGAAGUGUGAAGGCAUCUACCGUGUCUCCGGAAUGAAGUCGAAAGUGGAUGAGCUCAAAGCGGCAUACGACCGGGAGGAGUGCCCGUGCCUGGAGGAGUACGAGCCGCACACUGUGGCCAGCCUAAUGAAGCAGUACCUGCGCGAGCUCCCCGACAACCUCCUGGGCCGAGAUCUGGGGCCGAGGUUUGAGGAUGCGUGCAGCCGCUCCAGCGAGGCAGAGAAGCUGCAUGAGUUCCAGCGGUUGCUGGCCGAGGUUCCUGACGGUAGCAGGCUGCUCUUGUCAUGGCUCAUCACUCAUAUGGACCACGUGAUCGCCCGUGAGGCAGACACCAAGAUGAACAUCCAGAACAUCUCGAUCGUCCUCAAUCCCACCAUGCAGAUUGGCAACCGAGUGCUCUACGUCUUCUUCACCCAUGUGCGUGAGCUUUUUGGCGACGUGGUUCUGAAAACAGUGGUGCAUCCUCUGCGCUGGUCAAAUGUAGCCACCAUGCCAGCCUUGCCUGACACCCAGGAGAGCAUCAAGGAGGAGAUUCGAAGACAGGAGUUCCUUCUCAACCGCUUACACAGAGACUUGCAGGCUGGGAUUAAGGACCUGUCCAAAGAGGAGCGCCUGUGGGAGGUGCAGCGUAUCCUUACCGCUCUGAAACGCAAACUGCGCGAGGCCAAGAGACAGGAGUGUGAGAGUAAGAUAGCACAGGAGAUUGCCAGCCUUUCGAAAGAAGACGUGUCCAAAGAGGAGAUGUCCGAAAAUGAAGAGGAGGUCCUGAACAUUCUCCUGGCUCAGGAGAACGAGAUACUGACCGAACAGGAAGAGCUGAUCGCUUUGGAGCAGGUCCUGCGCAGGCAGAUCGCCACUGAGAAAGAGGAGAUCGAACGACUGCGUGCUGAGAUCGCUGAUAUCCAGAGCCGGCAGCAGGGCCGCAGUGAGACAGAAGAGUACUCCUCAGACAGCGAGAGUGAGAGUGAGGACGAGGAGGAGCUGCAGAUCAUUUUGGAAGACUUGCAGAAGCAGAAUGAGGAGCUGGAGAACAAGAACACUCACCUGAACCAGGCCAUCCACGAGGAGCAAGAGGCUAUUCUGGAGCUCCGUGUUCAGCUCCGCCUCCUUCAAAACCACAAGCUGCAGCAGGAGCACACAGCUCCUCCCACAGUUGAGCAGGCCCCACCCACACAGCCCAGCCCAGAGGAACGAUCUAGAACCGAAGAGCUGAACAAACGUAAUGCACCUGUAUCUAUAGCAGCCCCGGGAGACAUCAGCGUCGCUGCUUCUUCAGCUCCCGUUAAUGGAAAGCCAGGAAAGGAUGCUUUAAAAGCCUCACCUAGCAAAACAUACACUGUUACUCAAAAUCCACCAAUGUAGAUCAAACACCAGAAUGGCGUGCAUCCUAUAGCGUGGCUUUUAAAAGCUCAGCUCAUACAAUCACUCGAACCGCAAUACAGAGUUUGUGAUUAUAAAGAUGAAAAAUAGGGUAAGGGAUUAAACCACAGUGGGUGUGGAAGAGGUUUUAUGAUUUUCUUUUUUUUUGUUGUUAGGAGUGGUGUCAUAAAGCUAAAUAUAUCUAAGUAAAUGUAUCUAGCAUUAAUUUGGUUAUGAUUUAACUUAACUAUUCUGCAAACUAAGGCACUGCUGAUUGCUGAAAAAAUACUGUAAUCCUUCAAAUAAUUAUCGGAAAAAGUAUUAUUAAUGAGCUACUCGGUAGAAAACGGUUCAAAGAUAUUUCUUAAAGGGGAUGAAAAAAAAUGGUCUCUGCAUUUCUCUAUUUUUAUUUUUGGUGGGGGGGUGGGGGGCAUGGGUAAAGGCCCAGGAUUAAACUUGAAGUCAUCAAAGUUAUUUCUGAUGGUGUGUGUUUGAGACAGAGAGAGAGUGAGAGAGUGAGUGAGUAAUAUAACCACUGUGCCAUAGGUGAAUGACUACAACCGGUUCGAAGUUUUACACUGAAGAAAAUAAACGGAUCAGACAAAGAAGUUCAGAUGCUUUAUUUUAUGUUUCCAUUAUUUAAAACCUGUUCGUUUGAUUCGUCUGUAGUGUUCAUGCUAAACUACAACAUAGUGUAAAUGUAUACUUCAUAGAUAUCUGAUUAUUUAUCAGAUUUACAUUUAGGUUUCAGAAGGUUUUUAUACUUUUUCUUUGUGUUUAAAACAUAUUGACCUAAUCACAAUUUAUCCCAGUAAUUCAUCAUGAACUGAUAGGUCUAUGUUUUUUUCUAAACAUUAUUAUUAAUAUUGUUGAUAUUAUUAUUAUUAUGACCAGGUUGUCUCUUAAUUGAUUAUUUGAGAUUGCUUUGGGGAAGUACCGACUUCAAAUGUAUGUGUUCCACAGGAACAUAGAGAAUUCGUUCUCUCUAUAUAUAUAAUUUGUGUUUCCUGUUUCUAUUUGUGUGUGCGUCUUUUUUAUGUUAUUAAAAGUAAAAGUCAUCUUGAAUUUCUAGCAAAUGCUCUUGUAUCACCAUUUUAUUCAUUUCUCAUGUUCUUAAUGUGGCUUUUUUUUAGCCCUUUAUCCUUUCUAGCAGAUGAAUGCUACAAAAUGUAAUAAAUAUAUUAUGUUUGAAGAAAGCA